AUGGACGACGACCCGGCUGCCACCCAGGCCCGGGACAAGGAGGCACUUAGGAACCUCGCCAACGAACUCCUGGACCUCGAGGGUGAACGAGACUUUCGACAAGCCAUCGCCGAAUCUCUCGCCGACGGGAACCCGCGAGACUACGAGAAGGCUCUCCGAGAAUACGAAUCGGCUGCGAAAACGAUUGAUAGCAAGACACUCGAGAAGCAGCGACUGGAACAGCGGAUUCGGGCGGCCAAGAACUCUGCGCGCCAGUCAACGAGAGACGCUACAUUCGGAGAAGACGCAAACAUGAGAGCGGCUAGGGACCGCUGGGGAGUUGGUACGUGGAUAUUUUUAUUUUGCCGUUACUGCGAAGCCUAUCCAAACUGCCCAAGUUUUUCACUUGCGACUUAUCCCGAUUUCGGCCCCAACUUCUUCAAGUGA